UGGCCCUUGUCUUCUGUUGUUACAUUUGGUGUCGCUGCCUACCGACAAAUGGAAAGCCUAUGCCUUGCUGUUUUUGAUGGAGACAUAUGGAUCUUCGGGCAGGACUUCAAGGCUUCUGCGCAGUUGAGUGGCGUUCAAGAUCUGUCAACGAUGGAGCUGCUACUUGGGACGCUGCUAGGAGGUCGGGUGAAAGCAGCAUAUGAAAGUGUGAGACGAAAUACUGACGAAUGUUCGACAGGGUCAGGCAAACAGUUUCCAAAGUGGGAAGGACCACAUAUGGUCACUUCGAGAUGGGAUUACGCGGACACAUUCGCAAUGACGAACAAUGAGAGGCGCGUGAACGUCAGCGAGCUCCAGAAAUGGAUACAGCGAGACAAGCCAACGAUGACGCCUGCACCAAGUAGAUCAAGCCGACUUCAGUCGCACGUAUUUGACGGGGGGACGAGUGUGGUGAGAGCAGGCCGUGAGAAAAUAUGAGCAAGGCUGAUUCAACAACCAAUCACAGCAAAGUUAACGUGGCAAAAUAUGAUUCGCAGAUAGAGAACUCUAUUUGUCGAGGAAUCCCGAAACAACCAAUCAGAAGCCUGCGUUUGUCUGCCUAACUUCUGAUAAACAACCAAUCAGAUGACUGCACUUGUCUACUUGCAUAAGCUAUAAUAAUGUAUGUGAAAUAUGUAUAAAUACGUGUUGAAUUUCAUAAUAAAAGGAUCUGUUACCUGGCCCUUGUCUUCUGUUGUUG